AAAUCUAGCUAACACUGCUGAACUUCCUCUUUCUGGCUGCAUACAGUGGAAUGAGCAGGCUGAGAAGGCUCUAUGUGAUUUAAAAAGUGCACUACUCUCUGCGCCAGCAUUAGGGCUCCCUGACUAUUCUCGUCCAUUCACUUUGUUCGUGGACGAAAAGGGGGGAUAUAUGAAUGCAGUACUAACACAGCUCCAUGGAGAAAAACAAAGGCCAAUAGCCUAUUUUUCGAAAAAAUUGGAUCCAGUGGCUAAGGGACUUCCAACCUGUCUCAGAGCAGUAGCAGCCACAACAGAAGCCGUGCUAGCCAGUACAGAUAUAGUGCUCAUGAACCCCCUAACAGUAAAGGUGCCUCACGCCGUACACUCCAUUUUAGUACAGGCCAAAACUUCACAUCUCACUACUGCUAGGGCAAUACACUAUCAAAACGUACUCUGUACUCUGUCAAAUGGAAAGCAGUAACCAUUUAUACAGAUUCCAGGUAUGCUUUUGGAGUCUGCCAUGAUCAUGGAACAUUGUGGAAAUUAAGGGGAUUCAAAACCAGUACUGGUAAGCCCAUCCAACAUCAGACAUUAGUCGAAUCCCUCCUCGAAGCUAUAAUAAAACCAUCAAGACUGGCAAUAGUUAAAUGCCAGGCCCACACUGGGAAACAAGAUCCUGUCAGCAAAGGAAACGACCUGGCUGAUCACUUUGCUAAACAGGCUGCCUACAAUAACACACCAAUCUUUUUAUUUCAACAGAAAGAUGACAAAGACCCUGAUAAUCAAAUUAUCUCUUUACAGAGUGCAGCCACGGACAGAGAAAAGAGAAAAUGGUCCAAAGAAGGAUCCCUCUCUGAUGGGGUCUGGACUCACAAGCAAAAUAACAAACCUUUCCUCCCAAAAGCUUCUUUCCCAGGUAUAGCAAAAAUCGCACAUGGCCUGGACCACGCCGGAAAGGAUGCCAUGAUUCAAGAUGUUGAGAGACAUUGGGAAGCCAUAGGCUUCUCUACGUAUGCAGAGCAAUUCUGCAGGCGAUGUGCGCUAUGUCAAAAAUUUAAUGUAGGAAAGGGUACCCCGGUAAGUCCCGCCGUCACACCUAACCCAAUGGAUCCAUUCGAACAUCUUCAAAUGGACUUCAUUGAACUAACACCAUCUAAAGGGUACCGAUACUGCUUGGAAAUUGUCGAUGUGUUCUCCCAAUGGGUGGAAGCUUUCCCUUCCAAACAUGCAGACGCCAAAACUGUGGCAAAAGCCUUGAUAAAAGAAAUCAUUCCAAGAUGGGGAAUACCACAAAAAUUGCAGACUGAUAAUGGUACCCAUUUUGUGAAUUCAGUAAUCAAUGAACUAACCACCUGGCUCCAAAUUAACGUGCAUCACUAUUGCAAGUACCACCCUCCAAGCGGAGGUAUAGUAGAAAAGUGCAAUGGCACCCUGAAAUCUAAAUUGGCUAAGAUCUGUGAGCAGACGAAUUUAACCUGGCCUGACGCUUUACCCCUGGCCUUAAUGGGAUUGAGAGGGAGGACACACCAGCAGUUGGGACUGUCGCCGUUCGAAAUUCUGACUGGACGACCCAUGCCUGUCCGCAUGGUCAUUGGCAAUGUCAAUCUGCAUACUGUGGACAAUGAUCUUAUUUCCAGUCUUACAGGUCUCCAAGCAUCCCUGAAGGAGGUCCACGAGCAGGUUAACCAGGCUUGGUGAACUAGUCCUCCACCAACGGAGUCACAGAUUCCCUUGGGAACCUGGAUACUGGUCAGAGACACCCGAAGGAAGCACUGGCAUCAACCUCGCUGGAGGGGACCAUUCCAAGUGCUGCUAUCCACACCUCAUGCCGUUAAAGUCGAAGGACUUCCUGCCUGGAUUCACGUGUCGCAUUGCAAAAAAUGGCAUUCAUAGCAUUGCUAGUCCUAAUCUUUUCUAUCCAUCUGACUUUAGGACAAGAACAAACAGGUGGUGACCAUCUGACUCACCAAUUGAAGCAAAUACAUGGGGACUCUCCCAUGUUAACUUUCCAAAUAGGGAAAACUGCCUCAUUCCAGAUUGACUUUUGUUCCAUUGCUCCCUGUGGGUCCAGUGGACAAGACAAAUGGAGAUUGUCUGAAAAAUACGUUUGUGUGACUCGACCCAGGUAUAAAACUGAUUUAAAUCCCUCCUCCAGUCUAUCUGAAUGUUCAAGCUGGAGUGAUGUGUUUGCAAACACUGGUGACCAGGACUGGGGGUAUAAUCCGUGAGAAGCCCAGGAACAUGAUUUAAAAACAAGGUUUUCUAUAAUUAAAUCAAGG